UCCUCCCCCGAGCACAGCGGGCGCUGGGGACAGGUCAGCCAGGCCUUCGCCACCCUCCUGGAUCUGACUCCGACCAUUUUGGACUGGUUCUCCAUCCCCUACCCAUCUUACAGCAUCUUUGGCACGAAGCGGGUGCAGCUCACUGGAAAGUCUCUCCUGCCAGCACUGGAGUCAGAGCAGCCCUGGGCCACCGCCUUCAGCAGCCAGAGCCACCACGAGGUGACCAUGUACUACCCCAUGCGAGCCAUCCAGCACCACCAGUUCCGCCUCAUUCACAACCUCAACUACAAGAUGCCCUUUCCCAUCGACCAGGACUUCUACGUCUCACCCACUUUCCAAGACCUGCUCAACCGCACCAGGGCUGGGCAGCCAACCCACUGGAACAAGACCCUGCACCAGUACUACUACAGGGACCGCUGGGAGCUCUUCGACUGCAGCCACGACCCCACUGAGAGCCAGAACCUGGCCCUGGACCCCCGCUACGCCGCUGUCUUCCAGCAGCUUCGUGCGCAGCUCUUGAAGUGGCAGUGGGACACGGGUGACCCCUGGGUGUGUGCCCCCGACGCUGUCCUGGAGGAGAAACUGAGCCCCCAGUGCCGGCCGCUGCACAACGAGCUGUGA